CGGAUGUUCGCGCUCAGCGAACUCUGAGAGCAUCAGCUUUAUAUUUGCACUAAUUUCACUCAAGCUUGCCAAUAUUUUCAGCUGCACCGUAUGCAUUCUUUCAAAUCUGAAAAAUUGAACGUAGAACGAUGCCAACAAAUCAUUGGCAGAUUUGAGACUAUCUAUAAAAAGCGAUCGUUUGCAUGUUUGUAACUAACCGCAUUUGCACACAACAUUGCACGUGAACAUAGGCCAAUUUUCUUGAGGUAGGUCAUUGUUUUGCAGAUGCACAUCAGUCUACUCCCUUGGAUAGAGACAUAGUUUUUCUCCAAUAACCCAAUGGCCGGCUGCAAUCACCAACUUAUUUUUGCUUGGUGCGUUAAUGAUUAUGUAUUUAUUGUUGGGAGACUAAAUAUUACAUAACGGGAAAUUAAACGAAAGACAAUCACAUAACAGUGUGUAACAAAGGAACAAUAACCAAAUGAUUAACACAAUUUAUCGACAUACAUUUACAAUCAACAUCAUGAAUCGAAACCCAACUGUAAUCACUGCUAACUGCGGAGCAUUUAAAUAUUCCUAUGUCAGUGGAAGGUAAUGGAUCUUCAAGGUAAUUUUGUGGGUCUGUGAAUUGCCUGAAUUUUAAGAGUCCAUUCUCUUGAAUAUCAGUUUUUAAUCCCGGCUUUCCGCUGACUACCACAACAUUAUCAGGCCUAAAUGAAGUUAUUUUACUAUUCCUUAACAUUAUUAUUUGCUUACGUGAGUCAGCCUUACCUAUCACCGGGUUACUAUGAGUCGAUAUGUCAAUCUGGAGCCUAUCGCAGAAAGACAUUUGUUCCGCGUAACGCUGAGCUGCUUGCUUAGCAACGGAAUACCCACUGUGUAUGAUUUUCUUAGUUUGUCUCAUAUAAGACUCAAAUGGAAAUGCUGAGUAGCUAUCUAACGGUCCAAGUGCAAGAGCAUCGUCAGGCAGAUGCUGUGGCGAAUGCACAUCAUAAACUAAGUCUUCACAUUCACCAUCAAGGACAUUCAAUAUUCGAAAGUCUUCCGAUAGACAUAAUCUCAACUUUCCCUUUAGAUCCUAUGCACAUGGUGUACUUAAGUGUCACAAAGAAACUUGUAACACUCUAGAUAGAAUCAGGACAUAAGAGGCUAAUGAACGUAAAUUCCUGUGUAAUUAGGACUAUAAAUAAGUUGAUAUCUAGUUGCGUGGAAAGUACUCCCUCCGACUUUCAGCGUAAAUGCCGUACACUUGACUUCAUAUCGGUAUGGAAGGCGUCGGAGUGUAGGUUGUUGUAGUUCAACACAAAUAGACACCUCGCCUUCCACGUCCGGUGAUAAAAAUCUAACAGCUGAGUAAGUCAUCCGUACGAUCAAGUCCAAUUUUUCAGAUUUGAAAGAAUGCAUACGGUGCAGCUGAAAAUAUUGGCAAGCUUGAGUGAAAUUAGUGCAAAUAUAAAGCUGAUGCUCUCAGAGUUCGCUGAGCGCGAACAUCCGCGUCAAUUUGACUGUGAACUAUCCAGUCAACAGUUCCCUUUGUCAUCUGAAGAAUAACUGGGAACUUUGGACGCUUGUUUUGAGCAAAAAUACGUGAGGAACAAAUUUGUAAGCACACCACAUGGAUUGUAUCAUUCAUUCCUAUUAUAGAUGGCCAUGUUGACGCGUUUAAUGGAUGAUGAUCCUAAAACUUCCAUGCGAUAUCUUCUGUCCUACAUCAUGACACCUGAAGUUGCCAUUAAUUUCACGCUACUUGGUACUUCAUCAAAACAAGAGCUUCAGAAGUGCUGGUUUUAUGGCUGCGUACGAAGUAAGAUAAAUGAGGCUAAUAAACUUCAGGUGCACUUACUAAUUGAUUUUGUCAUCAUCUGUCAACGAGAAAGACCUUGCGAAACUGUAUGACAUGGAUGUGUAGACGAGAAGUAGACAAUUUGGCGGAUAUUUAGGCGAAAAAUAGACAAUUUAGCGACAUGUGAAGCACAGAGCGACAUUAAGGAGACAUUCCGCUUUUUUCCCCCGGACAGGCGAGAAAGCAGACAUUUUGGCGCAUUUCCGCUUUAUUUCGCCUUUAUUAUACAAUACCAUUUUCCCUUUAUUUCCCCUUUGUUGGUCCGAAAUUUAUUCGAUUAGACUAGACUAUAUAGUCUAGUCUUUAGUUCUGUAUUCAAACAGAAUAUUGGCAUUUCUGUCGUUACACAGGCUAGAUCACAUGGAAUACGUUCUCAUGGAAUUGAUUUAAAAGGGCAGUAGUCCUGUUGAAAAUAUAUCAUGGUAAUGACCUUUGGCGGUUCCCUAGUUAAUUAUAAAGUAAAGUAACAGUGGAAUAACAGCUUUAGUAUUGUUAACUCACUUUAAUUGUCGAAUCACUUCUCAUGGCAAAUGUAAGUGGCUGGAAUCACAUAAUAAGAUGUGUUGGGUUACUAAGUACUGUUAUAAUCCCAUCGGUUUAUUGUCACAGAAUGGUGUCAGCUUUACUGCUCUUUUACUUACGAUUUUAUGGAACUUGAUAUUAAAAGUGAGAGUUGGGAGUCAAAGUCGGAGAAUAAUGCCUAGAUAUACCAACCAACCUUGAAUAUGCUUUGAAUCUAGUUAAAUACUUUAACACAUACCCUGUACAGAGAGCAGAUGUUUCUCGCAAUUUAGCUUCUGUGCCACCUUGCAUUUAAUGUUUGAAUAUCUAACAAAUGUGUUUUAUAAAUUUCAAGAGUAUGAUAUUGGAAAUUUUUAUUUGGUUUAUAAUAACAUACAACUCAUCCAUCACUGAACUUUCAGUAAAACACGAAAUUGAUUUGACGCUAUCUCAACUCUAAGUAGUUGACAUUUAAAAAUGAAUUGCAGAAGAUAGAGUGAAAACUAUUAAUGCACCGGAAAAGAGGAGAUGGUUAGCAGUCCUUGUGAUUCAAGAGAUUUUUUGUGUUUUUCUCUCAAUGAACUCACAUGGAGCAAAACAUCGCUGCAGUAGACCUACAGUUUUCCUUCCGGCUGAGGAUUGUAGUGUAGUGCUUCGUUAAUCGAUCGUCUUGAUAACCGUUAUUAUAACAAUCUGAACGGUGUAUAAUAUCAGAAGACAAAGGGAAGCAGCAACUACAUUUUUAUUGAUAAGUAACAUGGGCUAGAAGGCAGUGAGUACAUUAGCAAAUGUAAGCAAGCGAAGGAAAGAUGACGCAGAGUGGAGAUGACUGGGAAGCCAACUCGUUAUAAGCAAGCAUUAAACAACAUUUAUAGUCAGGCUACAAUGAAUGACAGACAUGUGAUAGGUAGGAUAAGAAGUGUGCAUACACAUACGCUCAUAUAAAAAAAUAGUCAAGGUCAAUAAGGGAAUAAUUAAUAUGAUCAAAAUAUGACUCAUAACGUUAUAGGUGAAUUGGCUUGUCCAGAAACUAGAAUAAGCUAUGUAGGUGUAAUAUAGUACACGACGUUACACUACUCCCCACAGGAUGGAAUUCAGUGUGACAACUGCAAAGAGUAGUAUAAUAGCGUGUAAACCAGACUCACAUCGGCUGGAUAUAAGAGGUGUUGCAGGCCACUAUCGCGUUGACUGUGUAAGGGGUGCUUCUCUAAAGAGUUUCUCAUGGUUCUUUAGGCCCCCAAAUGCCCUGGUACGUCCGAGAGUGAGGAGAGUCCGCUCUUCCUCUCAAAAUGCUCUCACAUGGCCACGCGUACAUAGCCUCUGUCAGGGAAGUCCUACUCACUGCCUUCUCGCACCACGGGUGUUGUUUACGAAAUUGAGAGGAUGAAAAGCGAAUUUCCGGCGCUUUAACCGGGUUGGGGGACACGGAAGGUCCACCUAAGGGAGUUGGAAAACCCUAAUUCCAAACCAAUGGUGCACAUGGGCUCAAGUACCCUGAGGGAACAAAUGGCGUAUGAAUCAGUUUUUUGGUCACCAGCUACCAUGGGUUUGCAUCUCCUUACGAUGCUCCACUGCCUUGUGGAUCAGACCUUCAGGUCAAAGGUUCCGGGUGUGGCCCCCUAAGAAAACCACCUGCUUCAGUUUGGGCACCUGGGCAGUAUCACAGCCCUCACACAAAUCGAAUGAGAUUUGUGCGGCGCACAUAUAUCUGGUGCCCCCUUGUACCAAUAUUUAUGUGUUUAAAUAUAUAAUAAAUAUAUUUUGAGGUGAUUGAGCUGCUAAACACAGCCAUGGAAGUGACCUCGAACAAACUGAUAAGCGACUAUCAAAUCUCAGUGAAGCAACAACCAUCAUUAUGAGUCCAGCUCUAGAUUUGAAUGAAGCCAUCAAAGUAGACCACUAUGAUGUAGUGGCUGACAAACAGAUAUAGGCAUGGUUACAAGAAAACACGAAAAGAAAAAAACAAACCACAAAGAGCUCUGAAAUAUGUGGGUUGUUGGUCUCAACUACAGAGCUCCACACAGAUCCCCAUCUCAACACAAUAAAAUGCUCAGGAGCAAAGCCUGAACGUUGUAGCAGAUUUGACCAAGAAACAAAAUAAGGUCAAUGAUUGGCUUACAGUUGUACCCAAAAGACUAAGCAAAAAGAUGAAAUCACAUCUGUUACGGUAUCGGACUGUGAGAAUGAAAAGAGAUUAGGAACAAAAAUUCGAAAAUUAUUACGGUACUGUAGUGCCUAUGAAAAUGUACCAGAGCGGUAACUUUAAGCAGUCAUAACUAAAUUUAGUUAUGAAUUUAAAAUUUGCUCCUUAAGGAGCAAAACGUCAAAAGGUUAGCAAAUCAACCUCUAGGGAAUACAUAGCGAAACGGGAAAUAUGAAUAUACAGAUACGCACCAACAAAUUGAAACUAGCGUAAACUAAAGCAAAAAGCAUGUGAAAAGGUAUUUCGCAAACCCGAAUAGCGCUGGAAACGUGUUCCAUUAUUAAACGAAAUACAAAGUCAAAAAAUCUCAUUAUUAGACUAGCCGUAACAUAGUUCGUUUUUCGAACAACAACUGAGGGGAACUAAGUCUACCAGAGUCAGGAUAUAUAUGUAUCCAGUGUAUUGGUGUCAAUAUUCCGUCACUAAGAUCUAGGCUGUACAUAUGUAACUCCCCAUAAUGUCAGUCAUCAUAGUCGGAGGUGGUAUUAUGGGUGUUUCUACAGCUUAUUACCUAUCAAAACGGAAGAUCGACACACUAAUAAUUGAAAAAGAGCAACUUGGAUCUGCUGCAUCUGGGCGAGCUGGGGGAUUCCUCGCUAAGGACUGGUGUUCUCACAAUGAAAUGGAUGUUUUAGCCCAAAAAGGUUUUGAUUUACACAUGGAAUUAGCAGAUGAGUUCGGUAGUGUAUGUGAUUAUAGACGUGUUAACACGUAUUCUAUAUCACUAUCUCCUGGGAAAUCUUCCGGCUCUUCAGAAUCACCAUAUUGGGUCAGUGCGAAAGUGAAAAAUUGUUCCCUGAUAGGGGACUCUACAACUACUGCACAGGUACAUCCCAAAAAACUCACAGAUGAAUUAUUUCGGCGUGCUCAAUAUUUAACAAAUCAGGGAACCAAAUUAAAAAUUGCUCGUGUUAUAGGGUUGGAAUUUUCAACAUCGAAUAAAUCGGCUCCCAAAGUUAGUGGUGUUCGAGUAAUAGAAUCAUCUACUUCAAAUUCUGAAGUUAUCCCUGCCAGCUUAGUUAUACUUACCACAGGACCGUGGUCAAAGGAAGCUGUUAGUUGGCUGCCCUCAGGAUGUUUAAAUUCUAAUAAAUUUGACGGAAGGCGAGCUCAUAGUAUUAUAUUGAAAUCAAAAAUAGAAAAUUCCCCAAUAGAUGCUAAGUGUUUGUUCAUGGAUUAUCAAAAUUCUGAGUUCUCUUGUUCACCUGAAGUUUAUCCAAGACCUGAUAAUACAGUCUAUGUAUGUGGUCUUGGUGAUGGAGCACCUGUACCGUCUUCAAAGGACCAAGUUGAGAUUGAAUCUUGGCGUUGUAAUCGUUUGAAAGAAAUAGUUACUAGUGUAGUUCCAUCACUAAAAGAUGCUGAGACGAUAACAGAAUCUGCUUGUUAUUUACCGCUAGUGAGUGAUGGGUAUCCUGUUAUUGGUCAAAUUCCUGGUUUAUCCAAUGUUUAUAUUGCCACGGGUAAUUCUUGUUGGGGAAUUCUUACUGGACCUAUAUCUGGACGCCUUUUAGCAGCUAUCAUUUUAAAAAAUAAUCCUAAUUUAAAACAGAGCACAAAUUCAAAUGUCACCAAUCAAAUGAAACUGGAUGAAGAAAAUGCUCAAGAUAAUUUAUUACAACAACCCGGUAUUGAAUUGUUUAACCCAGCAAGACUGAUAAAAUAAAUAACUUGAUUAUAUAUAUUUUUUAGAAACGGAAUCUGUCUUUGGUCUUUUUUUAUUCUAUCCUAUUUUUAUCUCUCUUUAGUGAAGUUUUAUAUUAAUCUCAUUGAUGUUUUCGUUUGAUUCAACCAGUGCUACUUAUUUGUCAUGACUAAAACUUCUCUUAUUGAGCCAGAUUAUUGUGACGAAAAAGAUACACAUAUCUAAGUAUUCUUGCCCAAUACACUUUAUCAUUAGUCACCUUCCCAUACUUCAUCAUCGAUAUCAUUAUUAUGAAUAUUUGUUUGUAUUUAUUAA